ACGUUAGUUGAAUGAAGAACGAACUAUUUAUUAUUGACCAAUCAGCUUAUCCCAAUGUGUUUGUCUAUCUAUCCCUCAAUAAUCUGGUUAAAUUAGAUGAAAUUAAUUACUAUGCGGAUUAUGAAAAAGACUUAAAUUAAUAAAAAAAUUUAUACUGUAAAUUAUACAUAAAAUUUAUUCAAGUAUGUAAGGAACAAAUUGUUUAUCAAUAUAAUUUUACUGUAAAAUGAAAUAACGAUGAUGUUUCAUUUACAUGUGUUAAUAUAUUUGAUAUUCUAUUGUUAAAAUACUAUCAAUUUCAUUAUGAUUAUUAAUGGUUCACUGCAUAUUUAAUAAUAAUAAUGUGCAGAUAUUUUUGGGGGAAACAUUCAAUUACAGAAUAAGAUAACUUAGAAGACAUGAUACAGAAUCUACUGGAUCCCAGAGAAUUAUUUAUUAUUGUUAUAAUUUCAAGUGAUCAGCUAACACAAUAAUUCACCAACGACAUAAUUUUCAUUUUAUAACUUUAUUAUACACAGUCAGUGGAAUGUUCUAUAAUGUUUACUGAAAAAAUAUGUAACAAUCAAAAAUGGGUUCAUCGUGCUACGUUUUCAGGCGCAUGAUUAAAACAUAGUUUUGUGUUUCUUUACAAGAAGUAUAUGCCGUCUAAAAAGUGGAACGACAUGUAAAAUGAUCAAUUUGUGUACAUCCGAAUAAGAAUAUUUUCAUAAUCCUUUAAAACAAUGUCUUGAACUAUUAUUCAUUUUUUUAUACGAAGACAUUGAAUUAUGAUUUGAUGGAUAUGAAACAAACGAUUUCUACACAAAUGGAAAGUUACUUGGAUAAAUAUAAUGAAACUAAAGAGAUUGAAUCACCAUGUCAAGAAGUAAAACAACCAAAUAUAAUCAAUGAAGUAAAUGAUUUAACAACUAUUAAAUGUAUACAUUCAAGUUUACAAGAUGAAUUAAAUUUAUCAUUUUUCAAUCAAAAUCAAUCAUUAAAAAUAAAUCAUAAACAUAAUAAAGCGCCUAAAUUAAAUUAUAAUCACCGAGUGAAAAAUAAACAUUUAAAAAAUCAAUAUUCUAAUCAUGAAAUGAAUCAAAUUUCAAAUGAAUUAUCUUCUACAUCAUUAUCACCUUUACCAAAUGAAUAUAAUUCAUCUUUAUUAACACAAAUUAAACGUCAAUUUAGACAAUUUUGUGAAACAACUUCAUUACGUGGUGUUCCAAGAAUUGUUAGUACAAAAGAUUCAAAACGUCGAUUUUUAUGGCUUAUCUUUGUAAUUUCAUUUUUUAUUGGUUGUAUCACAUGUUUAACAUUUAUUAUUAGUCAAUAUUUAGAAUUUGAUGUAAUUCAUCAACCUAAAAAAUUAUAUGAUCAACCACGUCCAUUUCCAUCUGUAACAUUAUGUAAUCUACGUCCAUUUUCUACACGUGAUAUAAGAAAAUUAAAAAAAGCUGGAGUGUUACCAGUAGAUAUGUAUUUUGAAAUGUUAAAACGUUUUAUGAUCAGUGUACCAAUGGAAUACCGACGUUAUUUAACUAUGCUAUGGGAUUUUUCUACCUAUUUAGCUAAUCUACCUGAUUUAGUUGAUGCAAAUAAUUUAGGUCAUACAUUAGAAGAUAUAGUGAAACGUUGUUUUAUUUUAUAUAAAACAGGUAGUGUAACAAGAGGUACAGCCUGUGAAAAAUCAGGUUAUUGGACUAAAACACAAGAUCGUGUAUUUCAUAACUGUUAUACAUAUACAAUUAAUCCAAAUAAAACAAACACAGCAUUAAACAUGGAACUUGUAGUUUAUUUGGAUAAUUUAAUUGAACAAACUGAUUGCUUUGAUUGUCAAGAAAGAGUCAUGGCAAGUCAGUUAACUGGUGCAAGACUGCUCUUACACCCUGGUGCUUCUUAUCCUCGUGUAGCUGAAGAAGGUGUAAAUUUAAUGCCAGGAACAAUGACUGAUAUACGAUUUACAGUAUAUGAAUGGUCUAUGAUGGAACCACCUCAUGGUAGAUGCAGUAAAAAUACACCACAGUUUAUAUCAUUUAAUAAUGUUAACUAUACUUUUAGCGAAGAAGCAUGUCAUGCACAUAUGGUGCAAGAAAAAGUCGCUUCAAAUUGUCAAUGUUUAACUCAACAUUUACCAAUUCCAACGCAUUUACUUGGAAAAGAUUUAAGAAAAUGUCAAGCAUUCAAACUUCCAGCAACUUAUCAAAUGUUAGAUAACUUUAACGAAUCCAAACAGUUAUAUUUUAAUGAUGAAGCAGUUUCCACUUAUGCUCGAUUUGCAGAGUGUGCAGAAAAAACUGGAACAGCUAUGGAUAGUUAUCAAAUAGGCUGUAGACCAGCCUGUGUUCGAUACACAUACAAACCGAGCAUAACAGCUGCUCAAUGGCCAACCAAAACAUUUCUAACAUGGUUUGUUACAAAAUUUAUAAAAGAAAUGGAAGCAUCCGGUUAUUCACGUUUAAAAUCAACAAAUAAUGAAACAUUAACUAUAUUUAAUGAACGUAUGGAAGAAAUUCGUACACCAUUACAACCUUAUGAAAUAAUUUCUAAUUUAACUAAACAAGGUCAUUUACAAGAAGCAAUUAAAAUGCUUAUGAAUACACAAAUAUUUGAACAAAAUUUUUUAUCUAUUAUAAUAUCACGACCAAAUUUUGAUUUAGAACGUGUUGAAGAAAAAGCUGUUGUAUCAUUAACUUCAUUAUUUAGUCAAAUUGGUGGUUUAUUAAGUAUAUGGAUUGGAUUAACAUUUGUAUGUAUUGUUGAAUUAGUUGAAUUAGGUUUAAAUGUAGCUGAUGCUGUAAUUCAUUAUAAAAAAUUAAAAUCAUAAAUUUAUUCUUAUUAUUCAAUGUAUUUCAAUGAUUAAAAAUUGGAUCAUUUCAAUGUUCAAUUUAUGUAAGAAUACAAACAAAAAUGAUUAUAAUCUAUGUCUUUCUUAUAGGGAAGAUAAUAUGAACAAUAUAAACAUAUAUAUUUGUUAUUUUGAAUUAGUUUUUAAAUAACUUUAAGUAAUUUAUUUUGAUUAUAAUACACAAGUUAUCAAUGUAAACUUUAUUAUUAUAAAAAUAAAGUUGAUAAUGAAUGAAUGGAUGAAUGAAUGAAUGAAUGAAUGAAUGAAUGAAUGAAUGAAUGAAAUCAUUGAACCCAGAUUCUUAUAAAUUAAUCAAGAAAUAGAUGAAGAAUAUAUAGAGUUGACUUUCACUUUAAUUUUCUAUUCAAUUAUUUUGUUUUGUUUGACGUUUUACGAUUAUAAUAAAAUACAACAAGCAUGAAGAAUAAAAGUGUUCACAAAUGUAGAGUUUAAUGAUAUUACUAUGUUCUGUUCUAUUCUUAGUUGUUAAUAUCCUAUCUGUUAAUAUACUGUCUAUAGUUG